AUGAUCGAGCCCUUCUUAGGGACCUGGAAACUGGUGUCCAGCGAAAACUUCGAGGAUUACAUGAAAGAACUGGGAGUGGAUUUUGCAGCACUUGAUAUGGCAGGUUCAGUAAAACCAAGUGUUAAUAUUAGUCUCAAUGGGGAGAAGGUGAACAUCCAAACCGAAAGUUCUUUCAUGAACACAGUUAUCUCCUUCAAGCUAGGGGAAGAAUUUGAUGAGACCACUGCAGACAACCGGCAAGUGAAGAGCACUGUAACAUUAGAAGGCGAGUCAAUGAUCCAGGUCCAAAAAUGGCUCGACAAAGAGACAACAAUCAAAAGAAAAAUUGUGGAGGGAAAAAUGGUAGUGGAGUGCACCAUGAACAAUAUUGUCAGCACCAGGAUCUACGAAAAGGCAUGA